AUGACAAACGGUGGCGGCGGCGGCGGCGACGCUAUCCAGCAACAGGCGAACCGCACGAACGAUCGCAUUGUACUGAUGGCGGCGGCCGAACCGGCCGCCGCAGCACCGGCCGCCGCAGCACCGGCCGCCAGCCUGUUCAGCGUGCACGCCAAAAAAGGCAUCAUCAUUCCGUCGCCCCUCGGCAGCCGCGCGGCGAACGGUCGGCGCCUGCUGCACGCCGCCGCCGCCGCCGAGGAGCUUGCGUCCAGCGUGGUGUCAUCGUUCAACCAGAAGGCGGCGGGGGCGACAGUGCCGGCUCGGUGCGGCCGCAAAAGCAUCAUCAUAAAGCAGCAGCAGUCGCAGCCAGGCAACCAUCAUCAGCUCAACCUCACCAAUCAAUCGCUCCUGCUGCGCCGUCAAACGAACGCGAACAAGCAACAGCAGCAGCAGCCGUUGUUACAGCUGCAACCGCUAGGCGACGAACCCCUGCCCAACCACUAUCAGGUGGGCGGCGGCAACAGGAACGGUUGCAGCACUGCCAGCAGCACCACCACCACCACCACCACCACCACCACCAGCGUUCUGCUGCAGUGCAACAACAUCAAUCAACUCGCGGGGCUCGCCGUCGCGAAGGGAGUGGUGAAGCGCCAGCAGCAUCUACUGCUGCUGCGGGGCGGCGGUGGGGCCAGCACGGCCAACAGCAGCACGCUGCUACUGCCGCCAGCGACGCCACCUGGCCCCCCCUCCUCGUCGCCACCACCCUCCACCGGCUCGUCCUCGAUUGUGGCGGCAGCGACGGCGGCAGCAGCAGCGGCCGCAGCCGCCCAUGCCCUGCUCGCCGGCCGACGCCACUGGCGAACGGAAUAA